UCAACAUUUAUAAGGCAUUGUUUUUCACCAUUGCUCAGCAAUUACUCCUGGGCCUCACACAGUAAUACAAUACUGUCUUCAUACAGAAUGGGAGACUCAGAACAUCAUAAUCAUAACCUUACUUUCAGCAGUAUGGACUUAGAGCUAAAAGUUGGUGUAAUCUGCCAUAUUACUUUUUUAAUCAUCAUAAGCAUUGUUGGACUAUUUGGGAACCUGUUGACAAUCAUUGCAAUACUCCGGACUAAUAAACUGCGGAUCACUGCUAAUUAUUUCCUUGUGAAUUUGGCUAUUGCUGAUGUAGUUAUUUGCACGUUUGUUUGUCCCUUUUACUUACUAGCGUUAUUUCACCGCAAAUGGCCGUUAGCAGAUCGCUUUUGUGCUGCGAUUGGCGGAAUAUCAUGCAUUGUACUGGCAGCGUCCGUCUUAAGCCUCCUAGCUAUAUCGAUAAACAGAUACUUCUGUAUAGUGAAGAAUAAACUCUAUGCUAAAUAUUACAGCACGCAGCGAACUAUUUGGCACUGUGUUAUUGUAUGGAUUGCAUCGGUGAUCUCAAUAUCGCCCACACUUGGCGGCUUAGGUGAGUUUGGAUUCAAUGAACAUAUUCUAGUUUGUGGAUAUAAGAUUACUUAUGAGUCUUGGAAGUGUCAAAUUGCUACAAUGAUAAUCAUUUUUAUUGUCUCUACUUCAACAAUCCUUUUUUGCUAUUAUAACAUUUGGAAAGAAGUCUAUAACAGUUCUAAUCGUACUAAACGCAAAGCAAGUACGGUAAGCCAGAUAAGCUUAAGUGGGUCAACAAGUGAUAUUUAUAAUAAAAAACAUAGCUUAACUGGGACAAUAAAUGAUAACAAUAGAAAACUUAGCUUAUCUGGGACAAUAAAUGAUAACAAUAGAAAACUUGGCUUUUCUGGGACAACAAAUGAUAAUAGAAAACUUAGCUUAGCUGGGACAAUAAAUGAUAACAAUAGAAAACUCGGCAAACUACGCAGCCAAUUGUCAAUGAUGAAAUUAGUUCCACGUACGCGCGACAUUCAAGUAGCAAAAACUUCGCUCAUCGUGCUACUCACGUUUAUGAUAUGUUGGACACCGACAGUUAUACAAGUUGUUUUUGAUAGAAACUUCAAAACUCCAGAUGGGGUUGUACAGGCAUUUGCUUUCCUGGCACUGGCCAAUUCCAGCAUCAACCCUUUCAUAUAUGCCUGGCGGAAUCGUCAUUUCCGCAAAGCGUACAAGCGUAUCAUUACAUGUCGACACUGCUUUGGGAAUGCGGUUGAUGACAUUUCCCACGGUGAUUCAACGCAUAUAUAGGUGGCUUCUGGGACUGAUGAUGAUUUCUAAAUCUUUUGAAGUUUUAAUUGGACUAAAGAGAUUGCCUGGUUUUCUUACAACUCCAUUUGAAAUAGCUUUCAAUCAAGAGUUUUCAGGAUAUUUGCGGGGAUAACAGGCAGUUUUCGCAGCACGACGUUAACCUUAACGUUAACGGAAGACGUCAUAAUUUAUUCAUCUUGCAUUGCGGAGUACGUUAAUUUCAGGAUUUUACGUGCUGCAUGUUGGGUACUAAUGUUAAAGUUAAGCUUAACGUCGUGCGGCGAAAACUACCUAUUAACUGCUGGUAAUGGGACUAAAUGUUAACCAUACCAAAUAGCCUACACAAGAAGCUUAUUGAACACUGGUGAUUGUAUCAAGGCAUGAGAUUACAAAUAGGCCUAUUGAUUGUGAAUGUGGGCUCAUGCUACUACUGUAUAGAGUUUCAAUAAAGGUAGUUAGUGAAAAAGUCAAUUUUUUUAUAUCUGUUUUCUAUAUUUCUUUGGUAUACAGAGCGAAAGCAAUGCCAAAAAAAAAAACACUUCAUAAUUUUGCAUGUCAUCCUUGUUUUGUUUUAAUUUUAAAUAAAAAAAAUAAACAAAUGAAUAAUAGCCUACAAUAGUUAUCUUUUCCACAGUAAUAAUAUUUGAAGUGAAAUAUAUUGAACAUAGGGUUUAAAUGAGGUACAUAGUUAAGUCAAAUUUUUAAUCUAUUAAUAAUAAUUUUUAUUUGUUGAUUCAAUAAAAAAUAUAAAUGAAUAUGUAACUGAAUGAGUGAAUGAAUAAAUAAAUAAAUUAAUUAAUUAAUAACAGAACAAAUGAAUAAAUUAAACAAAUCUAUAUAAGUAAAAUGAUUAAACGAGUCGCAAAUCAUCAGCGUAGUGCUCAAUCGCAAUUAAACCAGAGCGAAUUAAAACAAAAAUAUGU